CCAUGGCCUCUUGCCCCAGCUCCGAUCCUCCCUCUCCGCCGCCCGCCUCCGAUGGCAUCUCCGGCAAUCACAAUCUCCAGCCAUUCUUUGUUCUCCACAAAGCAUCACAUUCAUCUUCAGCACCUCGAAAGACCUACGAGAGAUCCCCAGCCUCCAAGAAGACCAAGAGAAGGAUUGAUCUCUCUGGUUCUCCCUCCAAACCCUCCAAGAACGUCGAUGAUUCCUUGCCCACCGAUCCGUCUGAUCCGAUCUUCGAUCAGCUCCGGUUUGAUGCCUUCAACCGAACAUGGUCUAAGAUCGAUACCACUAUCAAGGAUGUUCUCAGAAAGAUCAAUCUCAACCUGUUUGAUGAUGUGCGUUGCUGGGUUCAACAAUCGUUUUUAACCAUCCGAGCCACCAGUCCCGUCCCUUCCAUUGCGAUUACAUGCCCGUAUCCUCUCUCAACUGAUGCUUUAUGCAAACAAAUACCUACAGCUUUUAUAUGCACCAAGAACGCCGAGUUUGUGGAUGAUUUGCUUACAUUUCAAGAACUUGGUGAGCACUUGAAAUGCAGUGGAUGUCAUGUUGCUAAUCUUUCAUCACUGGAUUUCUCUGCCAAACAUGGAAUUGGAUCCUGUAUUAGUAGCUUGUUGAGAACGUUGGUCCCAGAUGCUGCAGAUGUAGCUGAUAUUUCUGUGCUGGGAUCAUGGUACUCUGAGUUCUCAAGGCACGAUAAUCCGGUAGUUGUCAUUAUUGAUGACAUGGAAAGAAGUAAUGGUGAUGUUUUGGCUGAGUUCAUUUUGAUGAUGAGUGAAUGGGCAAUAAAGAUACCAGUCAUUUUUAUAAUGGGAGUUGCAACCACUGUUGGUGCUCCAAAGAGACUACUCCCAUCAGGUGCGUUACGAUGCUUGCUGCCCUGUAAGUUCACAUUAGGGACUCCUUGUGAGAGAAUGAAUGCUCUAAUUGAGGCUGUUCUGGUGAAACCAUGCACAAGAUUCACAAUUUCACACAAAGUCGCUGUUUUCUUAAGAAGCUACUUUCUAAAACAUGAUGGAACUGUCACCUCUUUCAUCAGAGCAUUAAAGCUUGCAUGCAUCAAACAUUUCUCGAUGGAGCACUUAAGUUUUCUUGGUUAUGGGGUACUGCAGGAUGAUUGUGAGGUUGCUUGGCUUCAUAAACAUGAAAUACUGCCUGAUGUUUGUAAAUACACAUCCAUUCUUUCAUUGCACAAAAGGGAAAAAGGCUUUGAAAGAGCUGGUGAUGCUUUUGUAAAUGGGCUGAAUGAGUUGAGGAGGCUGCACAAAAAUUGGGGCUCUAUUGUGAUGUGCCUAUUUGAAACUGGAAAAUUUAACAAAAUGCGAUUUUUCGACAUCUUCUGUGAAGCUCUUGAUCCAUCUUCAUACACCUUAAACUGUCCAGAUGACACAUCAUCAACAGAUAUUUUUCCUGGUGGGGUAUUCACUCCUGCAAAAGGAGGAUCCAUUGCUCAGGCAAUAUAUAAGGUAAGGGAACUUCCCAUGGCAUUACUGAUAAAUUUGCUUGAUAUGUGGAGCAUUUAUGCCAAAGGAAUGCCAGAGAUUCAUGAGAAGGUAAGGGAACUUCAAUUGAUAAUGAGAUCUGUGGAUGGAGGGAAAAUUUUGAAAGAGAAUGGUGCAGAUGUUGACAAGUCAGAAUUUCUGCAUGCUAGGAAGAGCAUAUCAUCAAUAAAUGAGAAGGCUGCCACUCUGCUGGAGACAAUUGUCAGGAACUUGCUGGUGCCAUUUGAAUGUAUUCCUUUUCAUGAAAUUAUCUGUUUCAAGCAUGUGCAUAUUCUACAAACUGCUUUAAUAGGAGAUCCAAGGAGAACAAUUCAGGUUGAUCUUCUGAAAUCUCGAGCUCAUCUGCAGUGCAGCUGUUGUGGUAGUCAUGACAGUGUUAUAUCAUCAUCGAUGCAUGACACCUCAAUUAUGUACAAAUUGGCCCAAGAGUAUGGCGAUCUUAUAAAUCUUCAUGAUUGGUACCAAUCCUUUAAAGCAACAAUUCUUGGCAGCAGAAGCAAAACCAAGCGGAAGGGACAAUCUCCUGCAUCCAAGAAGAUGAAAACAGCACUGAUAGAGGGUGAUGCUAUGAUUCAAGCAAGGUUUUGCCGAGCAGUGAUUGAGCUCCAAAUAACUGGUCUUCUCCGGAUGCCAAGCAAGAGAAGGCCAGACUUUGUGCAAAGGGUUGCAUUUGGACUAUAGCCGCCAGUUAAUCAAAAAUUUUAAUAUGACCAUUGGUUCAUACCUGUAAUUUCAUCCAUGGUUAACUGCACCACAGGUAGGCUAACCAUGAGAACAAGGUCAUGCUCGUUGCGCGUUAUGGAAGAAGGUUUUAUAUGCGCAAUAUACGAAUUUCAGUGGUGGCAGCAAUAUUAGAUCUGGCCACUUGUGACUGAUUAUCGUGAAUCAUUGUUUAUUAAUAUUUCAAGAAUGUUUAUACUUGUAACGGAUAACUAAACUUGUCAUGAUGUAUCCAUGAUGCGAGUGUUAAUUAAUUGUUAUUGUUAUU